GGUAUGUUCGACAAUAGGCUACGAAAGUCCGGAAGUGUAUUCUACAAGAUAUAUAUUAUAUUAACGACGCCGCAGCCUACACACUACGUAGAAAGAAAACUCGCAAAAACCUUGCCUUUACGCGGUAUGAAUUUAAUCCCUGGACCACCAAGACACCUAGGAUGAGGAGCUCCUGGCUAUAAUAGUAGUCCAGUCCCAACAGUUGUACUAUCACUUCUUACUCGCGCUCGUAUAGCAUUAGCGAAGAGCGCAACAUUGAUAGUCAUACUACGCCUUGAACAUCAUAUUUAAUACUGUCGACUUCGCAUGUACCGAUAAUCCUUAAUUACUUGGAUCAUGAUCGAAACUCGACCAGGCAUGGGCCCAGUCUCCCCUGACACGCUUGCCUACACAGGCUCGGCGUUAGAUGCUCUCGAAGAAUUAGCUAAAACACAGAAAUAUGUCGAGUUGCUCCACGCGGCGCAUUCUUUGUGGUGCGGCGGUUCGUGUUCCCGCAGCAUCGAGUGCAAAUUUCUUCAUUAUAAGAUGCCAAAGUCCCAGGCUCCUGAGGAACCGACAUUGGUCCCAAGUCAUCGCUAUAACAAACACACGGCUAACUAUUUUACUCUCAUGGGCGGUGAGGGUUAUGAGCCGGCAUGCCGAGGGUAUUUGGGAUAGUAUCAUACUCCGAACGCACAGUGCCGGCACAUACCCCUGUAUGAUCAUAAUCUCCCGGAUAGCAAGCUUAAGGUUGCUAAAAGAAAACUGGAUUUUUGGUAGCUCUUCCAAUUCUUGUAUUUCCAUGGACCUGGCCAAAUCAGCUGCGCGUAUUUACCAAGUGGAUAACCACCAGCCGACUAUCAGUUUUGGGGAGCAGAGUAUGCAACCGACUCUUGAGAGAAGGCGAAAGAUUGGAUAUCAUUCAGUAUAUCUUGACAUGAUGGAUGACUUGGUCAACACUGGUUGCCCAGAACCUCUACUACACGCUUCCGGCACUUUUCUCGGCGUCCAGCUAGUCCAUCGAUAUUGGGAACGUAGCUUGGGUUGUCGAAUCCCGAUUCACCCAGCUAUGGCCGAUACCCUACGUAGCAUUUACGGGGAUGAGCCGACGGACGCGCGAUUGGAUGGUCUCUUUCACUUGCGCUGGCUGGUGAGCGGCUAUGAUACAAAGCAGAAGGCCAGAGCCAAACCCACGCUCUGUCCAGACCUGCUAGCUGCGUGCUUGGAACGCCAGCGACAGCGGAAGUCCGUGUGGAAGCCUGACUAUGCCAAUAGCUCAGACUCUAAACUCCUAAUUUAUAGUCCAGAUGAUGGCUCAGAUGCCAACGAGUGGAUCGCAGGCGUUCACCAGUUGUCGCAGCGGGCCAACAACCCCAAAGAAUUGCAGAAGCUGCUGACUUCUCUUAUAGUGGUAAACUCAACGCGGUUGUCUAUUGACCAGCUAAAUGCUGUUGGCUCACAGGAUGACAUUUGGGCUCUGUGUAUGGCCUGCAAGGUUGAUUGCAGUAAAGACUGCGAGUGGCUGGCGUUCGCCAAGUAUAUCUGGAAACAGUUCUGUUCUGCUUCUCACCCCUCUCAAGCAAUCUAAAGGGGUAGAAUCGAAUAGCACAGCGACGAGACCUAAGGAUCCAGAAAUUAGGCCCAUGGAGGAACUGGCUUCGCAUUUCCACAAGCUAGGUUCUUUUACAAGCUAGGGCUAAGGAUAUAUCAUGUUUAUGAAUGAAUGACGUUUUCCUUAAUCUAUCGUGGGGUGGACGGCUUUGGAUCGCGAAUCUUAAGCUAACUUAGAGAACAAUAGAGGUUAAUAGUGUGUUUGAAUCGAAAUCUAACUUUGAUAAAAAAGUACUAAACAGUGUUUUGCUCUCAAGCUAUAGUUUCGUAUUCGAAGGUCUAAGUGAUAAUUACCUAGUAUAAG